AUGAAAGGACACACCAGGACCAAAUGGCGCAUCAUUAAGCGCCUGUUUCUAUUCUUUACCACCCUCUCAGUUAUUCCGCUCACCGUCCUCUACCUGAUCACCUCCGACCAUCUCUACCGUUUCCGCCAGUACACGUACGGUGCCAUCAGCGCCAAUGGAUCUUCACGCCAGCAAUUGCCGCAAUUUCGCGCACCGCUCCACCCGGACGGUGGCAUUCACCAUCUCCGGUUGGUGCAGCAGCAGCAGCAGCAGCAGGCGCACCGGCAGCAACAGUUGGAGCAGUACCAGCGCGCCCUUAAGAACGGUACGGUCAACAAUCAGUACCGGCUCGACAUGGACUACAUGAAGCAGCGUAUGGCGCGGCGGGUCGAGAGGCUGCAGAAAAAGUGCACCGAGUACCGUUUGAACGAACCGAAGCAUACCUACAAGCCGAAGGCGUGGGAAUAUCUGAUCCAGCACGAGUACCACCUCGUGUGGUGCAACGUGUUCAAGGCGGCCUCCACGUCCUGGAUGUACAACUUCAACCUAAUGGCCGGCUACACGCCACAGUUUCUGCGGAAAACGAAGGACGUUCCGUUGCAGCUGGCACGGCAGAAGUAUCCGCGACCGUCGGUGGAAAAGCUGCAGGAAGCCAUCAACCAAUCGAUAUCGUUCAUUAUCGUGCGGCACCCGUUCGAAAGGCUGGUCAGCGCGUACAAGGAUAAGAUACAGUACGCACUGCCGAACUCGCACCAUCACAAGCUGGGCAAUCGAAUCAUCCAAAAGUACCGGAAAACGGUCAACGGGAAGCCAACGUCACUGCUGAAGCAUCCGACGUUUUCCGAGUUCGUCAAUUACCUGCUGGACGAGAUCAAACAUCCGCACUUCGAGAUCGACAUGCACUGGGUCCCGGUGACGCACUUCUGCACGCCCUGCUUCUUCCACUACGAUGUGAUCGCCAAGUUCGAGACGCUCGAGGAGGACCAGAACUAUCUGAUAGCGAUUGGCCGGCUCGACAGUGUCAUCAAGCCGCAGUGGAAGAACGCCGGCAAGGGGGCGCACACCAACGACGUGCUGGUGAAGCUGUUCGCCGAGCUGGACGGGGCCCAGAUUCGCGGCCUGUACGACUACUAUCGGUUCGACUUCGAGCUGUUCGGCUACAGUGCCAAGGAGUACUUCAAGGACUAGCGGGAGCUGCGGCGUUGCUUGAUGAUAGAUCUUUUAAAAGACCCGCUUGUAUCAGUUGAAGCGGGUUAAUCGAUAGUGAGAACAUGAUUUCGUCAAAUUACUAGUGAUAGAGAAACAUUUCGCUGAUUCCAAAGCUAGGGGAAACCCCCGGAAAAAGAUAACCCCAACAGGAACUGGGCAACACAAACCAACCUGUUAGAAAAGAUGCUAAAACUAAAGAAAAUGGGGAGGGGGGAAGGAAAGAAAACAGGAUUUUAAGGCGGCCUACAGUAAGAGCAACAAAUAAAAGACACUAAAAAAGACAACCACGUGGAACAGCUUAGAAUAAGUGUGGGCCGGGAAACGGGAAAAAACACCAUAUGAACGCGAGGCGCGAGAGCGAAUAUUUUCUACAUAUUUGGAAAGAUAAUCAAAAACUCCCAAUAUUAUAUAGAUACGUCCAUUAGCGGUUAAGAGACGUUUUACUAGAAAGCCAAGGCAAGCCAAUUUCGAUGUAGAUGAUUUCUCGAGCAGUUUGUUAGAUUUUUGUUCUCUCCCCAACUUCCAUUCUCGCUAGUAAUGAAUAAUGAACUAAAUAUAAAACGGGACGAGGACAAAGUAGAACCGAAUGUAAGUACAGGCUACAGCUGGAAAGGCGAUCAACGUUUAUGCACAAAAUCUGCACGAAUGGAGGAAGGAAAUUUUUCUUCUUCAAAACCGCAAUAGAACAAUCUAGUUGCAGAGUGACAAAUGUUCCUUCAAAGUGUGGCGCAAGAAUGACCAAAAAAACCACGAAAGAGGGCGGAAGUUGUGACAUACUUUCGAAAGUCAAGGAGGCUUACGAUCAAACCAAAACGUGAUUUAAAAUAGUUUUUAAGGUAGAUAGCGUGUUUGUUGAGCAGCUAUUCUUAGUCUGGAGGGGGUAAAUCUAUUGCGAUUUCGUUUGACAAAAUAAAUCAAAAUAUUUGCUUCAAUAAGUAGAAAAAAAAACCAAAGUACAACGAUCAUUUAACUAAUUUGUUUCACUUAAUCAUAUCAAUCAUAACUCCUUAUCUGAUCAAUAAAAUAAGCAACGAACGA